AUGGGGAAGAGAGUGGCCAUUGUCGGAGCUGGUGUCAGUGGCUUAGCCUCCAUCCGGUGCUGUCUGGAAGAGGGGCUGGAGCCCACCUGCUUUGAGAGAAGCAAUGAUGUUGGAGGCCUGUGGAAAUUCUCGAACCAAGCCGAAGAAGGCAGAGCCAGCAUUUACCAGUCCGUAUUCACCAACUCUUCCAAAGAGAUGAUGUGCUUUCCAGACUUCCCAUAUCCUGAUGACUUUCCCAACUAUAUGCACCACAGCAAGCUCCAGCAAUACAUAAGGACAUUUGCUCAAAAAAAGAACCUUUUAAGAUAUAUACAGUUUGAGACCCUGGUUUCUAGCAUAAAGAAAUGUCCCAACUUCUUAGUCACUGGGCAAUGGGAAGUUGUUUCGGAAAAGGAUGGGAAACAGGAAUCUGCUAUUUUUGAUGCUGUAAUGAUUUGUUCAGGACAUCAUGUGUACCCCAAUCUACCAACUGAUUCUUUUCCUGGCCUACACCGGUUUCAAGGCCACUACCUCCACAGCAGGGACUACAAGGACCCAGAAGCCUUCAAAGGGAAGAGGGUCCUGGUGAUCGGCCUGGGGAACUCCGGAUCUGACAUUGCCGUAGAGCUCAGUCGUCUGGCUGCACAGGUCAUUAUCAGCAGCAGAAGUGGUUCUUGGGUCAUGAGCCGGGUUUGGGAUGAUGGCUAUCCUUGGGACAUGGUGUACGUGACCCGUUUUGCAACCUUCCUCCGGAAUGCCCUUCCUUCAUUUGUCUCCGACUGGUUAUAUGUCAAGAAGAUGAACACAUGGUUUAAGCAUGAGAACUAUGGCCUGAUGCCUUUAAAUGGUCCCCUGAGGAAAGAGCCUGUGUUCAAUGACGAGCUCCCAUCCUGCAUCCUGUGUGGUACCGUAUCCAUCAAGCCCAGCGUGAAGGAGUUUACAGAGACCUCAGCUGUGUUUGAGGAUGGGACCGUGUUUGAGGCCAUCGACUACAUCAUCUUCGCAACAGGCUAUAAUUAUGCCUACCCCUUCCUUGAUGACUCCAUCAUCAAAAGCAGAAACAAUGAGGUCACCUUGUUUAAAGGCAUCUUCCCCCCAAAAAUGGAGAAGCCUACCUUGGCUGUGAUCGGCCUUGUCCAGUCCCUUGGGGCUGCCAUCCCCACGGCUGACCUGCAGGCUCGCUGGGCGGCUAAAGUGUUUGCAAAAUCAUGUACCUUGCCAACUACAAGUGAAAUGAUGGAUGACAUUGAUGAGAAAAUGGGGAAAAAACUCAAGUGUUUGUCGUUUUCUUUCCUCAGGUUCGGCCAGAGCCAGACUUUGCAGACGGAUUACAUCACAUACAUGGACGAGCUGGGCUCCUUCAUAGGGGCCAAGCCCAACAUACCGUGGCUCUUCCUGACUGAUCCCCAGCUGGCCCUGGAGGUGUUCUUUGGUCCUUGUAGCCCAUACCAGUUUCGACUGAUGGGACCAGGGAAGUGGGAUGGGGCCAGAAAUGCCAUCCUGACCCAGUGGGACAGGACAGUAAAGCCAACCAGGACAAGAGCUGUCCGUGAAGCCCAAAGACCCCAACACUUUCACAACUUGCUCAAAAUGCUUUCAUUCCCAGUGCUUUUGCUGGCUGUUUGGCUUACAUUUUACUAA